UCUCUGACUCUCUCUCCUCCAGCUUCAACUUUCAACGCCAUCUUCUUCUUCUUCAUCAUCUCCUCCUUCCUCCCUUCACUCUCGCGAGAAAACCAAACUGAAAAUAAGAAAGAAAACCCACUUCCAUCCUCAACGCGCAUGGCCUCAGACCUCGAGGACGAGCGCGGGACCGCCUGGGAGCAAGUCCUCCGCAAAAUGCUCCCCGCUGGCGCCCCCCUCCCCGACGAGGACCACCUCGACUACUCCAUCGCCGUCGAGUACGAGGGCCCUCCGGUGCUCUACGACGUGCCCCGCGUCGAUCCCGUCGAGAUCGCCGAGCCCGUCUCCGUCCGAUCCCCUCCCCUCGCCGAUCUGUCAGCGAUCCCCGUUGCCGCCCCGAUCGCUGCGAAGAUCCCCCGAUUCAACCGCACGAGGAAUGGCGUCCCCUUCAAGGACUCGCCAGUGGAGAGUCAACGAGCGUCCUCCGUCUCGAAAGCUCAGCUGGAAGUGGAGAAUGAGGUUGAGGGCAAGAGCGAGAGCUUGUUCAGCGCGGACUUGUGUGCCCUAGAUACGAAUAACGGCGAGGUGGGAGGCGAGAAUGCGGAGCCGAGGCGAGCUGCAGUGGUCACGUUCACUACGCCAAGGGACUCCGAGUACUCGGAGGAAGAUGAGGAGGAAGCGCACAAUUCGUCUUCCUCUCCAGUGUCGACUGCUGCCACCGAGUCACCGGCUGUCGCGAAGAAGACGCCACAGAAGCGAGGCCUGUGCAGUAGGUGUGGGAAGGGGAACAGAUUGAAGGAGAGGGAGGUGUGCUUGGUUUGCAACGCGAGGUAUUGCGGAAAUUGCCUUUUGAAGGCGAUGGGAUCAAUGCCUGAAGGUAGGAAGUGUGUGAGUUGCAUUGGAGAGCCAAUUGAUGAAGCUAAGCGGUCAGGUUUGGGGAAGUGUUCAAGGAUUUUGGCGCGGGUGUGUAGUCCAUUGGAGGUCGGGCAGAUAAUGAGGGCAGAAAGAGAGUGCGCAGCGAACCAGUUGCGGCCAGAGCAGCUUGUGGUGAAUGGGAGGCAGUUGAGGCAGGAGGAAUUGGCCGAGAUUCUUGGGUGUCCGAUUCCGCCGCAGAAGUUGAAGCCUGGGAAGUAUUGGUAUGAUAAGGAUUCUGGGUUAUGGGGAAAGGAAGGAGAGAAACCUGAUCGGAUAAUAAGUUCCAAACUUAACGUCGGGGGCAAGCUGCGGGUAAAUGCAAGCAAUGGGAAUACGAAGGUUUAUAUGAAUGGGCGUGAAAUUGCAAAGGUGGAACUGAGGGUUUUGAAGCUGGCCAAUGUGCAGUGCCCUCGUGAUACUCAUUUUUGGGUGUAUGAUGAUGGUUCUUAUGAGGAAGAAGGGCAAAAUAAUAUAAAAGGGAACAUAUGGGGAAAGGCAUCUACACGUUUCAUUUGUUCGCUGUUGUCGUUACCUGUUCCGCCUGCAAAUCCUCAUGGGACUAAGGAAGAUCCGUCGACCAACUCAGGUAGAUCAGUGCCGGAAUAUUUGGAACAGGGAAGAGUUCAGAAACUGCUGUUGUUUGGUCUGGAGGGAUCAGGAACAAGCACCAUCUUUAAGCAGGCUAAAUUUCUGUAUGGCAAUAAGUUUACUCCUGAAGAGCUGCAAAAUAUCAAGCUUAUGAUUCAAAGCAAUAUGUACAAAUAUCUCAGCAUACUACUUGAAGGCCGAGAACGGUUUGAAGAGGAAACUUUGAUGGAGAGACAGGAUGCUACCAAUGUAACCGAAGAGUCUGCAUCAGGUGAGGAGGAAGUUCAUGAAAGCCAGCAAUGCAUUUACUCAAUCAACCAGAGGUGCAAACACUUCUCUGACUGGUUACUGGAUAUCAUGGCAACUGGAGACUUGGAUGCGUUCUUUCCUGCUGCAACACGUGAAUAUGCUCCUCGUGUUGAUGAGGUCUGGAAAGACCCUGCCAUCCAGGAAACAUACAAGAGAAGAGAGGAACUAAAUGCCCUUCCUGAUGUUGCAAAGUACUUCUUAGACCGGGCCGUUGAGAUAUCAAGUAACGAGUAUGAACCUUCUGAAAAGGAUAUCUUAUAUGCUGAAGGGGUCACACCAAGCAAUGGACUCACCUUUAUCGAUUUCUCGUUCGAUGAUAGAAGUCCCAUGUCUGAAUUGUACAGUGAAAACUUUGAAUGCCCCCCAUCCAUGACAAAGUACCAGCUGAUUCGGGUAAACUCAAAAGGACUUAAUGAGGGUUGUAAAUGGCUGGAAAUGUUCGAAGACGUGAGAGCAGUGAUCUUCUGCAUUGCAUUGAGUGACUAUGAUCAGAUGUGGGCCCAAGGUGCUGGUCCUCUCUGCAACAAAAUGAUGGCAAGCCGAGAUUUAUUUGAGAGUCUAGUGAUGCACCCUUCGUUCAGAGACACUCCUUUCGUGCUUCUUCUGAACAAGUAUGAUGCUUUUGAAGGCAAGAUAAUCCAUUCUCCCUUGUCAACUUGUGAAUGGUUCACCAACUUCAGCCCCGUAAAGCCCCACAACAACGGUCAGGCGCUGGCUCAGCAAGCAUACUUCUACGUGGCAAUGAAGUUCAAGGAGCUGUAUUAUUCAUUAAGCGGCAGAAAGUUAUUUGUGUGGCAGACCAGAGCUCGGGAGCGUACUUCUGUUGACGACGCAUUCAAAUAUAUAAGAGAGGUGCUUAAAUGGGAUGACGAAAAGGAUGCUAACACGUACGGCUUUGUGGGAGAUGAGUCGUUCUAUAGUACAGAAAUGAGUUUCUCUCCUCAUAUAAGGCAAGAAUAAGCAUCGGAUAUAAUGUGAUUCUGCGGCGGAAUCUGGUGCGAGUCGUAAACCAUGGAAGCACAGAACCGGUAAGCCCUCCGUGCCCUAUGCAAAGACGUGAUUUAGCUGUCUUUGCAAACCGAGUGCCAAGUGAAAGAAGAGGGAUGCAAUUUUGCCGCUCCGAAGAGGAACCGACAACUGAGCCGCAUGCCUGAAAAGGCGGAUCGACAAAUAGUUUAUACAUGGGAGUACAUACUGACGAGGGAGUUGUAUUUUUGGGUGCUGUGUUCGAAUUUGUAUAGCAUUUAUUUCCCGGCAUGAAUAAAGCCAGCUUAGAUAGUUCUCGUGCGAUUUCCAUGUAAAUGUUUGGUGAAUGGAGUGCUAGUGGUAGAAAACGGUUCAGUUUGGCCCUACCAACUCGGUUGGUUGUCUGUAGCAUCUGCAAGAUAACUCCGACGUUGAGAGGCGUCCGAUUUUUUAAGAAUCUCUGAAAAAGAUUGUUGUCUGAUUACAAAACAAA